UAUUACCCCUCUCUGCAUUUCUCUCAAACUGCAGAGAGCUGACUUCGAACUCAUCGCAUUCACAUUGCAUAAUAAAAGCUCUGCUCAAAAGCUCCGAUUUUUAUCCUUUCAUGGCUAAAAACGCGGGCACCCAGACGAUUUGAUGUUCUGAAAAAGAAGAGGAGAAAUCAAGAGCUAUGAACAGAAAUGGCGCCCCUUUUAGCCCGGUAGACGAUAGGAAGCAGCCUGGAGGAGGAGGAGGAGCAAGAGGAAGAACAAGAAAUGUCCAUCACCACCAGCAAGAGCCUCAGUUGGGUUGGACCUCAGAGCGAGUACCUUCCUCCGCCGUACUCGCGAGCAGGAGACACAACAUCACCGGGCUCACCGCCGCGGCCACGGUCCCCCCGCUCUCGCCCUUCAACAGCGGGAGGGCCCUGCCAUCGAAAUGGGAGGACGCGGAGCGGUGGAUUUGCAGCCCUGUCUCGGCCAACGGCACUAACAGCUCGCAUUUACUGAGGAACCGGCCCAAGUCCAAGAGCGGGCCCCUGGGGGUGGGACAUCCCGGUAACUAUUUCGGUUACGCCGGCCAAUACGGCGGUUUCUACUCCCCCGCCGUACCGAGCCUCGAGGGGUGGAGCGGGAGGGGCUUCUUCGGGGCGGGAUCGCCAUUCUCAGCCGGGGUCUUUGUGGCCGAUGAGUCUCUAAUGAUGAGCUGUGUCGAUGGGAACAACAGCGCCGGUGUUCAUCAUGGAUGGUUAGAGGAGAGAGUUGAUGCAAGCGGGGACGCGGAAAAUGGAGUGACUCGUGCAGUGUCGAGGAGGGACAUGGCAACGCAGAUGAGCCCAAAGAGCAGCAUCUGCGCUUCCCCAAAGACAAGAGCCUCGCACCAUCAUUCUCCUCCUCAUGCCAAAUUGGAAGAAGUGCGGGAUGUUCUGAUGGAUAGAAGAUCGAAUGUCAUCAGCUGGUCCAAGAGACAUGCUGCUCGAUUCAAGAGGAAAGACCGGGCUGUCGCCAAGGACUCACACGACGAGUUCACCGGAGAAGUUCGGGCCUCAUCUUCUUGGGACAUCAGAGAAUCAGCGAGAAACAUCUCAAGGGCGCAAAGAGAAGAGGCAAAGAUAGCGGCGUGGGAGAACUUACAGAAAGCAAAGGCUGAGGCAGCAAUACGUAAACUCGAGAUGAAACUCGAAAAGUGGAGGUCAUCUUCGAUGGAUCGGAUCCUGAACAAGCUGAGAAGGUCUGAACUGAAAGCCCAAGAAAUGAGGAGCUCGAUCUCGGAAGACCAUAUUCAAGAUGACGCACAGAAUCCCCCGAAGGGAAGAAAGUCUCGCAACCGUUUCCGCCUAAACUUGCUGCCCAGUUGCUUUCGCUGCCGAUCAUUUUGAUCAAUUCGUAUCACGGUGUUUCUACUCAUGCCUGAUCUAACUGCAUAGAAGUUAGUGAAUCAAUAUAUGCACAUCCCUUGCUUGUUCUAUUCAUCCCCCUUUGGCUUCUCGAUUUUGUUCUUUCAUUGGUAGAAUGUUAGAAAGUCGUAGGAGGAUUUAUUUAGCAGAGUCCACUCAGUCGAGGAUGCUUCCGUAAUCAUUCUACUAUUGUCGACGUUUUACAUUGUCAGUAGUAAAUUCAUGAGAACAAACUUCUUCAAUGCAUUA